CAGGCCCUGUAUCAGGACAGACAUCGGAAAUACAAGACAAAGAUGAUGCUAGUAGUACGGUAAUACAUAUGGACAAGAACUCACCAGGUCAUGUAUCAGGACAGACAUCGGAAAUACAAGACAAAGAGGAUGCAAGUAGUACGGUAAUACAUAUGGACAAGAAAUCACCAGGUCAUGUAUCAGGACAGACAUCGGAAAUACAAGACAAAUAUGAUGCUAGUAGUACGGUGAUACAUACGGACAAGAAAUCAUCAGGUCAUGUAUCAGGACAGACAUCAGAAAUACAAGACAAAGAUGAUGCUAGUAGUACGGUAAUACAUAUGGACAAGAAAUCACCAGGUCAUGUAUCAGGACAGACAUCGGAAAUACAAGACAAAGAUGAUGCUAGUAGUACGGUAAUACAUAUGGACAAGAAAUCACCAGGUUAUGUAUCAGGACAGACAUCAGGAAAGCAAGACAAAUAUGAUGCUAGUAGUACGGUAAUACAUAUGGACAAGAAAUCACCAGGCCCUGUAUCAGGACAGACAUCAGAAAUACAGGACAAAGAUGAUGCAUUUGAGACAGCUGUUUUAGCUAAACGCUCUAGUUCAAAAAGGCAAUCAGAUAUAUCAGUGUUUGGUAAAAACAGUGUAGUUGACUCUGUCAAUAUGAAUAAACGAGUCGCACAAAUUUAUUCAACUAGAAAAGCAAAUAUUGAUGCUGCAAAUGAUACACAAAUAUGUGAAGCUCCGUUUGAUAAAUUCACCACACGGAACGAUUACCAUGAUGCUUCUAUAAAGUCAAGUUUCACUGGUGAUUUGCAUAUAGAAACUGUUACUGAACGUGGAGUUAUCAGAAAGCUAAAACGAUUCUUUGGUAUUACCAAACAAGUCAAAGAAGUUAAAGUGUCGAUUACUAAGGAAAAAUUCUUAGAAAAGUCUUCCAAAGUUGGGAAAAAGGAGUUGCACAACAAAAAUAUAGCGCCUAUAAUAAUCUGGGAUUUUGGAGGACAGGAUGUUUUCUAUUCAACUCAUCAGACAUUUCUGACAUACAGAGCUAUUUACAUAAUUGUAUUGGACGGAAGUAGAACACUUGAUGAUCCCUGUCCGUAUGAACAAUACCUCCCAGGAAAGAGUGGACAUAAAACUUCAAGAGAUUAUCUGCUAUUUUGGGUCAACACCAUUGUAACAUACUGCAAAGGAAGUAUUCGGGGAUUUCCUAAAAUUAUGGUUGUUUUAACUCACAAGAGUGGGGUUGAACAAAGACGACAUGACAUAUUUGGAGAAAUUUUUAAGAUGUUUCACAAAACGCCAUUCAUGCAACAAUUGGUGAUUGUUGAUGAAAUAUUUGUUAACGCUAAAAACAAACAUGACCCAGAAAUGGCGAAGAUAAAGGCCGCUAUCAUCAGGGAAUCAGAGAGGCAACCAACAUGGGGCGAAUCUCUCCCAAAAUGCUUUAUUCCUUUAGAGUUAGAAUUUGGAUCACUAAUCAGACGAAAUAUUUCUCUGAUUACACUAGAUCAUCUACAGAAAAUAAACUCAAUGCAGCCAAUCAGAUCGUUGUCAGAAACUGAGUUGAAGGUAUUUCUGAAAUUUCAACAUUCAAUUGGCAAGGUGUUAUACUUUGAUGAACAUAAAUUGGCAGACCGUAUCAUUUUGGCUCCCACCCUCCUCAUCGAUGCAUUUAAAUCAAUUGUUACAGACAGACGCUUUUGUGAGGGAAACAAGAAACGAGAAGAAAUGUGGGAUGCAAUGGGCAAGAAAGGGGUGGUAUCAAAACAAGCAAUAGAGAGCGUUUGGAAGGCAAAGAAAUAUGCUACAUUUUACAAAGACAAAGAUUAUUUAUUAAAUGUCAUGACCCAUCUGGAUAUAUUGGUCGAACCAAAGAGAUAUGGUUCUGAUCACAAACGUAUCACUGCUGAUUUCUACUACGUUGCAAGUAUGGUUAGAGCUAUAGAUGAUUCUGGAUAUCUCCAAUCUUAUGACAUCACCAAACGGAAUAUUGCCAUAGCCUUUCUUUCGUCUACAAUGAUGAUACCCCCAGCAUUAUCAUUUAGAUUUAUUAGUUAUUGUCUGUAUGUCUGGGCGGUGAAGGCAUACGGAGAGACCAAUAGGGACAUGCUGUUCCACAGGUCAGGGGUUUUCACUAUUGAUUCCUCAGUAGAUAUGUAUGUUCUAUGUGAAGAUGAGAGGAUUGUUGUCCGUCUCGUCCAUGCUGACACAAACACACUUAUAAUGAGGGAUAUGGCGUCCAGUAUUAACGAAUGUUUGGUAUCGGCCUUGGAGAAAAUCAGUCAGUUGUAUAUCAAAACAAGUAGCGAUGAGAGUCAACACAUUGAUGCAUCCUUUGUCACCAGCAUAUGUUGUAACUCACCAGAUAAUCCAUGUAUCCUACCAUUAACAAGACUAGCGAACAUUGACAGCAUCUGGAUUUGUCCGUCUCAUGGCAUCAAACACAACAUACAUACAAUCACAUCGUGGUUUGCUAGAAAGGAUGAAGAAGAAUGUCAACCAGGGUGCCCAGUUACAAAUGCUGACUUUUUGAAAGUGACGCCAUCAGAUCUACACCUUCGUCGUUUGUCAUUAAUGUUCAGUAAAAAUGAAGUCAGGGAAACAGCAAUUAAAUUAGGAUUGUCAAUCAAGGACAUAGAUAGGAUUCUAGAAUCUGACGAUUCAGUGAAAUGGAAUUUUGAAGUUUUAAGGCGAUGCAGAGACAGUAUUGCAGUGACGUUUAGGCACAUCAAAGAAGCAGUGGAGACAGGUGGACAAGAGAGUAUCCAUAUACUUUGUAAGCUUGUAAAAGCAGAUUCCAUUGAUUUUGAAAAGGAAGCAGAUAAGUGGGAUAUAGUUCCCACAGAGGAGCACAUUGACAGAUUGGCUCCAUUGGUUGGAAAUAACUCACUUCCGUUCCUGAUAGAACUUGGAAUGGGGUUUCAGACCUGGGAGCAGAUUAUCCACAGGCAAAACAAACGAGACUUGGUAAGACUGAACAAGGAUAUCUUAGAAGAAUGGAGAUUCCAGUUUUGCAAGAUGCACAGUUUGAAACCAACUUUGAGGAAUGUCGCAAAUGCGUUCAUUAACAUUGGUAAAAAUGUACAAAUCGUGGAGAAAACUUUAUCAGAUUUGUUUUGA